GGAAUAAAAUUUGGAUUUUUAUCCCCACCUUUGUGGAAAUGGCAGUUAAGUUUCCGUGUCAAUGGCGAUGAAAAGUGGUUGCCUUUAUGAUCCAUCCUUUUUAUCUUAAAUCACACACAUCCGAAAGAUAGCAUCCAACGCGCUACUCUUUCACAAUGAACACUCUGAUGAAGACAGGUGGCGCGUGGCUUGUUUCGCCGUCGUUGGCAGCUGUGAGGAGGAUGAGUGUAGCUGGUUUCGCCACGUCAUCAUCAUCUUCUUCCUUACCCAAUUGGGAAGGUGGAGUUUCCAUGGUCCAAGGAGCUUCCAGAGGCAUCGGCCUCGAGUUUGUAAGGCAGUUGCUAGAGAAUAGUAAGAAAGGACAUGUUGUUGCCACUUGUCGGAAUCCAAAAGAAGCAACAGACCUCGUUAAUCUCAAGAACAGCUUUUCUGAGAGGCUUUUCAUACAAAAACUUGAUGUUACAGAUGAAACUACCAUUGAGGAAUCAGCGGAAUCUGUAAGAGAAAGAUAUGGUUCUCUCAACUUGCUUAUAAAUGCCACUGGCAUACUCUCAAUUCCUGGUGUAUUGCAGCCAGAAACAACAUUGAACAAGGUUGAGAAAUCAUCAUUGAUGCUUGCAUAUGAGGUUAAUGCGGUUGGUCCAAUUCUAGUAAUGAAGCAUAUGUGGCCACUGCUUAAGGCUGGUGGAGGAAAUGGAACCGAGAGGGAAGUUGCUGUUGUAGCCAAUUUAAGCGCACGAGUUGGAUCCAUUGGAGAUAACAAACUUGGUGGUUGGCACUCUUACAGGGCUUCAAAAACCGCACUCAACCAAUUGACGAAGAAUGUAUCGGUUGAGUUGGGUAGGAGGAAGGAUCCUGUGGUAUGCAUUCUACUGCAUCCAGGCACGGUAGACACUGAUCUCUCUCGACCGUUCCAAAGGAAUGUUCCUGAAGGUAAGCUUUUCACAAAAGAGUACUCUGUUCAGAAACUAUUGCACAUCAUCACCAAUGCAAAGAAACAAGACAACGGCAAGUUCUUCGCAUGGGAUGGCCAGGAGAUACCUUGGUGAUUCUUUUGACUUCUUGUUAUGUCCAUCUAUAUGGUCACUUCUUUCAAAUUCUAUUGAAUCCUUGGUCUUUCUUGGUUUGAGAGCAAUUCCUUUGAGUAAUACUAAAUAACCUGGAGUGAGUGUCCAGAAGUUGAGAGCUUUCAGAGUAUUCAAUAUCAUCCAAAUUUCUUGAACGAUUUAAUAAUUAAUGUGAUGGUACAAUCUUUAAUCUA